CUCAUCAUCAUCAUCUUGGUCGCCACCUGCCUUAUCUGCUGCUGCUGCCACAGCCGCAGACUUGGUGUCCUUGCUGCGCUGCUGUUGGAACGACGGAUUGCUCCCGCCAAAAGUCGCAAAGCCGCCGCCGUCACCGACAUACGGCGAAUUGGUUGCCGAGACAGUCAUGCGCUGCCGCUUGGUGUUGCGCACAGACCCGCCAGCGCGCUUGCGUUUGCACAGCUUGUCUGCUUUGCUCGAUCCACCAGCGUCGAACUUCCCGUCCGCAAUGGCAGCAGCCACACUGCUAUACAGGAGUGACUGCAGGGACGGCGACGGGGACAGCUGCCGUGGAGACCCAGGCACACUGUGCCCGCGACGCGCCUCACUGGCAUCCAUCUGGAAAUCCAGCUUGCUGUUGCUGUUGCUGCUGCUGCCGCCUCCAACACGGCCGCGGGGUGAUCCCAGGGCGCUCGCCAAGCCCAAGCCGUCCUGCGCCAAUUCGGCCGAGCUGCGGUUGACCGAUCCUUUGACGAUGGUUGAUACUGAGCGGGUUCUGGAUUUGGGCAACCGCGAUUUGGCUUUUCCCUUGGGCUCCUGCUUGACGCCCAUCAUGCGCGCGACCAGGUCCUCGGCAGCGCCGCUGUCAGUGUCGCUGUCGCUUCCCUCGUCGCCCUCGCCCUCGGCCGAUUCCAGCGCUCCUUGCUCGUGUGUGCCGCCGGUUGACUGCCGCCCUAUGGUCCUGCGUCUCUUGCGAGCUCCAUUAGCCGGGUUCGCAGAGCGCCUGGGCGUUUGCUGCGUCUUGCGAGAGCCGGAAUUGGCGCCCUUUGCUCCCGUGGGCGAGCCGUCCCCUGUUCCGUUGGCGUUGCCCGACGGGCUGGAGCUGGUCCUGCUGCCGUCCCUCUGUUUCCCACCAUCCUCGUAGUCCUCCUCGCUAUUUUCGGGCCCGUCGUUGUCAGCGCCGCCCCUGGUGGACCGUCUAGACCGCCGGCCCUUGCGCGCAGCCUUUGAUGUGGGCGAAGUGCCAGCAGCAGCAGCAGCAGCGGUGUCCUCAGCUUUUUUCGCCGGCUUCUUCGGUGUCCGCUUGCCAUUCGCCGGCUUCGCGCCCG